CCCCCCGCGCGCGCCAUGGCGGCGGCAGCCAAUCCCGUCGCCUCGCCGCGGGACGGCUUGCGCGCGGCGGCCGCUGUCCCAGGGUGCCGUGCGGCGGCCGCGCCAGCCUCGCGCGCGCAGGCGCGGCAGGUCGGGAUGGCGGCGGCGCUGGGGUGGCUGGGCCGGGCCGCAGCCCUCGUCGGUGGCGCGCAGCGGCUCCUCAGGUGCUGUGGCGGCGGCUCGGCGGCGGCGGCGUGCCUCGCCAGGGGCAUCAGCUCGGUGGAGCGCCCGAAGCGGCCCAUGUCAGCCUAUUUUCGUUUCCUAAAAGAACAUCAUGCGGCUUUUCGGCAGAAAAACCCAGAAGCGAGCAGUAUGGAGGUGAUUAAAAAAAUAGCAGAUGCUUGGAAGGCGUUACCAGUGUCACAGAAGCAGGCUUAUGAGGAAGCUAGAAAGACAGACUGGCAAAAAUACCAAGAGCAGAUGGCCUCAUACAAAGCACAGUUAACUCCAGCCCAGGCUGCAGCUUUGAAAGAAGAAAGGAGAAAACGACUGGCAAAAAGAAGAUCAUUCAAGGCAAAAAGAGAAUUGACUGUGCUUGGAAAACCUAAGAGACCUCGUAGCGGCUUUAACAUUUUUGUGUCAGAAAACUUUAAAGAAAGUGAGGGAGUUUCACCUGUGGCAAAGCUGAAGCAAUUAUUUGAUGCGUGGCAAAAACUGUCCAGUACUCAAAAGCAGCCAUACCUGCAGCUUGCUGAAGAUGAUAAGGUUCGGUAUGAGAAUGAAAUGAGGUCAUGGGAAGCAAAAAUGGUUGAACUUGGCCGUGAAGACCUGAUACGUUCCAAAAAGCCAAGGCCAAAAAAGAAAACUGCUGAAACUGAAGAGAAAACUGCAACAGCCAAAGCUUCCUCACACGAAAACAAGGCAAAAUUACAGUUGAAAAGAUCAGAAGAAUAAAAUGGUUAAGUAUUUCAUAUUUAGUCCCCUUUGGUUGCAUUGUCUUUAUCCUGCUGUGUUAAUGCUGCUGUCGGCAUUAGCACUGAAAUCUGGAAAACCCAUGAAGGGCCCGCUGGAGAAGUGGAAAAGGUGAUGGGGUCGGACGGGGUUCACUGUGUCACAGAACUGACUGAAAUAAUCAUUGCGGGCAUAGCCCGAGCUGUGCAACGGUAACUGGUUAAUCAAGCUGUGAAUAGUGAUACUGACAUCAGCAGAGCUCUCCAUUACCGGUAGCUAACACUAGCGUUUAUAGGAUAUUUUUUAUAAAAGUGAGAAUAUUCUGCAAUGUUAGCAUCUAAAUUUUGUAAGAGCUGAAAUCUGAGUUGCUGCUGUGGUUUAUUCCCUCCAUGGUAUUGGUAGUGAAGAGAAAUGUUCUGCAUUUCAACAAAAGGCACAAGAAAUGUAAAAUACUUUUAUGUAUCCGUCUCUUUUUUUUUUAAUGUAUCAACCUGUGUACAACACUUAUGUUGCAUUUAACUAAAGACAAUGUCAGUUUUGUAUAAAAGUAUCUUUAUUGAACUUUUAUUCCAUGGUUUCUUUGGAUAUAUGCAAACACUUUUACCAUCCUGUUGUCACGUUUAGGGCAGCCUGUAAAGAACAGAAAAUGUAUGAACUGCUUAAACUGUCGAUUUUCAUUUAAUAAAUACAGCUGUUUUGAA